UGAGCUGACUAUCCAAAGUUGGGAGGCAUUGCUUGGCAGUCUGGUAUCCUCUGGUACGGACAGGACAAAUGCAUCCAGAAUGUCAGCAAAGUUUCAGGAAAACGAACAGGCCAUGAAGGUUGAAACCAAUAAUAUGGUCCUCCCUGUCAAACAGAGUAAUCACUGCACCUCGACAGCAGAAACCCUUCCUCCUAGAAAACUUAAAGGAGAAGCUCAAGAAAGUUGCCUUCUGCCACUGAAUCACUUCUGGUACAUGAGUCGCAUCUACAAGGAAGGAAUUAAACAGAUUGAGAGGAAGAAUAAAAUUAAACUGGUGGCACAGGUCCAUGUGACAUUUGAAGCUGAACAGGAAGAUGGAAACCCUCAUGAAGCUCUCAAUGAGUUCAUUGAUCUCUCACAGAGCUGCUCUGCUGAUUCAGGUGAGGCAGUGAUUCCUCUCAAGUUUGUAGAUCCAGAUCAGUGGAGUGACGCAUUAAAAGUCAUCAAGAGAAACAAGGACAAACUUUUGCUCACCAUGUCAUCUGAAGAGGUUAUUGUUAGUGGUCCAAAACAAAGCCAAGAUGAAUUCAAUGCAGUCCUGAAUGCGAUGCAGAAGACAAACACACCUGCUGAACAGCACAAACCUACAUCAGAUGGUACAUCACUGAGGAUAAACUUGACAACCAGCCAACUGACAAAAUCUCCAACAGUGGAAGACAAUAAGCAACUGGAGAACAGCGAAGGAAAACAGGAGGGAACAACCAACCAACAGACAAAAUCUCCAACAGUGGAACACAAUAAGCAACUGGAAAACAGCGAAGGAAAACAGCAGGGAACAACCAGCCAACAGACAAAAUCACCAACAGUGGAAAAUAACAGCGAACCGGUAAUUACUUCUGUUGAAGAUGCUAACGUCAAAGCUAAAUCUGAUCUGAAUGUUGAAUCCAGCAACAGUAAAAACAAACAAUCCCUCCAAACAUGUAGGGCCAAACCUUCCAUCAGAAACCUCUUGCUGAAAAAGAAGCCUAUCGCACGUCCCCUGCGCCUAACCCGACGUAGUGAUACCACUGGGUUGGGUGACUUGCCAAAGAAAUCCAGCUGUGAGAAUGAGAGGAAAGAGGACUCCAGUCAACCUUCACUGAUCCCACCAACAGCACAGCAAAAGGCUGAAGCAUCAACUAAGACAGGAGCAUCAGGGGACAGUAAAGAUGAUCUCUGCCCAAUAUGCUUGGAUCGGUUGAUCAAAAAGAAACAACUAAAGUGUAAACACACAUUUUGUGAUGAGUGCCUCCAAGCGUCAGUACAACACACUGGACCCAUGUGUCCUGUAUGCAAAGAUGUUUUUGGUGUGAUGGAGGGAGACCAGCCUGAUGGAGUAAUGACAUGGAUCAAUAGCUCUUCGUUCCUUCCUGGAUUCUCAGGCUGUGGCAGCAUAAUGAUCACAUACACUUUUCCUAAUGGAAAACAGACGAAAAAGCAUCCUAAUCCUGGACAACCAUAUCAGGGAACUACCAGAACUGCAUAUCUUCCAGACAACGAAGAGGGCCAAGAAGUUCUGAAACUGCUGAAAAAAGCUUUCGACCAGAAAAUGACUUUCACUAUUGGGACGUCCAGAACAAGCGGGUUGGACAACCAGGUGAUCUGGAAUGAUAUUUCUCACAAGACAUCAAAGACAGGAGGACCGCAGAGUUUUGGAUAUCCUGACCCCAGUUACCUGAGCAAAGUAAAGGAGGACCUGAAAGCUAAAGGCAUAGAGUGACUCUGAGAGAGUGAUGAUUUAUUUUACAACUGAAAUUAACAAUAAAAAAAUACUGGAAUAUUUGCAUGUUUUGCUUUCAUUUGAUCAGUAAAGUAAAGGUAAAAGUAAAGGUUAUUUUAUUAUUAUUAUUUAUUAAUUAAUAAGAAUUGCUUUAAAGAAUAUUUCACAAAUUUACACGUGUUAAAAAACAGCCAUUGUACUAGGCUUUGCUUCAUUCAGAGGUUGUAGCAUCUAGACCCUCUGUUAUUGAGAAACAAUGGCUGGUUGGGGACGUGGACUCUACUGAAGUUUUAAAUGAUUGGAUCUUAUUUGACCCAAUUGCUUGUAAAUGUAAAUAUGACUUGGUGUCACUUGAAAAAUAAUCUUAUUGAUUGAUUUGAUAAUAUAAGAAUGCUGAAGGAUUUAUUUAUCACUUGACAUAGAAUGGACAAACACUGCUGUUUCCUAAAGGCAAUUAGUAAAUUAUGUACUAUGUUGAUAAACUAAUCUGAAAUUUUUUCAUGAAUUCUGUAUCCUUUAAUAAAUUCAAAUCCAACACUGGAUCA